CCCGUUGAACCCGCGGGAGUCUUGUUGAGGUAUUAAAGGAGCAUCGGUGGGGAGAGGGCCCUGAGCCUCCGCGUCUUCCCUGGCAGCCACGACGGCAGUCCUUCUUGGUCGAGAUGGAACUGAGGUCUGAGAUGACCAGCGUCCCCACGGCGCCCUCUGCGGUGCCCCCCAGUUCGGUGGCGGCGGCGGCGGCGGCAGCGGCAGCGGCCAGCCUGCCGGUGAGCGUAGCCGGGAGCCUUCUGCGAGGCCCGCCGUUGCUCCUGCGAGCUGCCGAGAAGUAUCCGCGUACCCCCAAGUGCGCUCGCUGCCGCAACCACGGCGUGGUGUCUGCGCUUAAGGGCCACAAGCGCUACUGCCGCUGGAAGGACUGCCUGUGCGCCAAGUGCACGCUGAUCGCCGAGCGGCAACGCGUCAUGGCCGCCCAGGUGGCGCUACGGCGGCAGCAGGCUCAGGAGGAGAACGAGGCCCGCGAGCUGCAGCUGCUCUAUGGCACGGCCGAGGGGCUGGCCCUGGCCGCGGCCAACGGCAUCAUCCCCCCGCGGCCCGCCUAUGAAGUCUUCGGUUCCGUGUGCAGCGCCGAUGGAAGCUCGGGGGGUUCAGAAGUCAAGCUGCAGAAAUUUGACUUGUUCCCCAAGUCGCUUCUCACCAGCCGCUCCGUGACUCCUCAACAGAACAAGACUUUGUCGCCGGAUGGGACGGACGACGCGCCAGGCACCUCAUCCCCGGAGCCGACUCGACACAACUGUGGCUCGGGCUCGGAGAACGGCGACGGCGAGUCCUCCGUCAGCUCGCCAGUCUCCAAAGACGCCAAAGACGGCAGCGGGGGCGGCGGAGCCGAGGAGGAGAGCACAGGCUCCAUCAGCCCACUGGGCUCCGACUCGGGUUGCUCUGAGGCAGAACGGGACGAAGUGGGCGCUCCCUCGCCUGGUUUGGCUGUUGCUGCCGCGGCCGCCGUGGCGGGGAGCAGCCGGCAGCAGCGGACGCCGUUGGACAUCCUGACGCGCGUGUUUCCCGCACACAAGCGCAGCGUGCUGGAGCUGGUCCUGGCCGGCUGCGGCGGCGACGUGGUGCAGGCUAUCGAGCAGAUCCUUAACAACCACCACCAGGACAAGGCGGGCGACGAGAGCUGGGCGCGGGCUCCUGGAGACGCGCCGGGGACCUUGGGUGGCCUGCAGCCUUCGUCGGCUGCCGGCACUUCGCAUCACCGCCCUCUUUUAGCCGGCGCCAUGACCCCGGCCAUCGGCGCGCUGGGCAGUCGCUCCGCCUUCUCCCCUCUGCAACCCAACGCUACCCAUUUCGGGACGACGGCUGAGGCCGGCGCCUACCCCUUAGGCACGCACUUGAGUUUGAGCCCGCUGCGCCUGGCUUACUCUGCCGCAGCGGCGCACAGUCGCGGCCUGGCCUUCAUGACCCCUUACUCCACGGCGGGGCUAAUGCCCACGCUGGGCUUCCGGCCGCCUAUGGAGUACGCCUUCAGCGACCUCAUGCGGGACAGAUCGGCCGCGGCGGCGGCGGCCGCAGCUGCUGCCGCCGCCGCCGCCAGCGCGCACAAGGAGCAGGCGUACCCAAAUGGCCUUUACGGGCCCUUGGUGAAUAGCGCCCCAGACAAACAGUAG